GGGGACGGUGUACCAGAUGACUACAACUCUCAGAUUGACCAACAGAAUUCCGCAGCCGCCCUCGAGCGCACCGCCUCCAGGACAGAGCCCCUCAAGCCACCCUCUGCCGUCCCCGACCUCUCCUCCCGCAGCUCAGGCUCCUUCGGCCGCAUGUCCUUCAGCUCCAUGAUGGGCGGCCUCACCAGCCUCAGCCUCAGCCGCGGCAGCACCGACGACAAGGAGCGAGGUCGCUCCAUCUCCAGCAGCAAGGCCAAGGGCGACGACAACCAGCGCGCGCGCUCCUCGUCCACUUCCCGCGCACAGGACGCCGAUGCCACCGCCUCCGCGCGCUCCCGUAGCACAUCGCCCUUCCGCCUCCGCCGCCACCGCGCGGCGCGCGACUCCUCCCCCAACAUCGACGCCCUCACCCAGUCCGACGUCGAGUCCGACACCGAGUCCUCGCGCGUGCGCCCGCGCAGCGCGUUCAUCCCCUCCGCGCUCUCGGACGACGAGUCGCAGGGCGACCUCGACUCGGAGAGCGGCUCCGAGGACGACUGGAGCGACGACCAGUUCGACCCCGUCACGGAGCGCAACACGGAGCGCAACGCGCUCGUCGUCCCCGCCGACCUCCCCGACGCGGACGCGCUCGAGAUGCCGGACCCCCUCGGCGAGGGCGUCAACGUGGUCGUGCCACCCGAGCCCUACUUCCCAAGCACGCUCAACCACUCCGGUGGGCGGAACCCCCGCAGGCGCAAGUCCACGCGCCACGAGCCGCUGCCGCUGAACACGUCCCGUCCCGUCUUCCAGCGCGAUCGGUGCACCAUCACGGUCACGAACGGAGACCCCGCGCGUGCGCUCGCGGAGUCAGGAAGGCGCAGCCGGCGGUACAUGGUCGGCAGCGAUAUGAGCGACGAGAGCCGGUAUGCGCUGGAGUGGGCCAUUGGGACGGUGCUGCGAGACGGAGACGAGCUGUUGAUUGUGACGGUCGUGGAGAACGAGAGCAAGAUCGACCCGCCCGUACCUAACGCCGCCGAUCGUGCGGCCAAACUCCGUGCCCAGCAGGAGCGUCAAGGCCUUGCAUAUAUUCUCUGUCGCCAGGCCACGAGCCUCCUCCAGCGCACUCGACUGCAUGUCAGGAUCUCGUGCGAGGCGUGGCAUGCCAAGCAUGCGCGGCACAUGCUGCUGGACAUCAUCGACUUUGUCGAGCCCGUGAUGCUCAUCGUCGGUUCUCGCGGCCUUGGCCAGCUCAAGGGCAUUCUCCUGGGCUCCACCUCGCACUAUCUCAUUCAGAAAUGCUCGGUUCCGGUGAUGGUCGCUCGGCGCCGCCUGAAGCGGCCGCCGCGCCGCUCGGCGCACCUUGCGAAGCACCGUGCGCGCGUCUCGUUGGCGGAGGCGGCAGGCAUCGAACGCGUCACGCCGCGCGUAGACGAGGACGUUGCGCAGAUGCGGGAUGAGAUCGAGCGCGCGGACAAGCAGGAGGGCAUGCGCGGGGCGGAGGACCAAGGAGAGGAUGAUAACGACCCGGACACGGAGGUCGAGGGAGACCCGCCUGCGGGGACGAAGGUUGCAGGCUGA